AGAAUCGAAUAAAGAGUGCGCGUUGAAGUAAACAGCUUUUAUACUUUGUUUCCUUUCUCCCUCCCCCAAAUCACUACACACACACAAUUCUUCACACAUUUAUUUUACCUUGAUCUUCUCCUAUUCCAAAAUCAGUACAAUAAAAUUACAGUUUUACCACGAGAAUGGAAAAAGUGAUGAACAUAAUAAAACCAAAACCUAAUCCACAACAACUCUUACGCGAUUGGCAACGCCGUCUCCGACAAGAGACUCGCAACAUCGAUCGUCAGAUUCGCGAUAUUCAGAGAGAAGAGAAAAGUGUUCAGAAAGCGAUCCGAGAAGCCGCCAAGCGAAACGACAUGUCUUCUGCCAAGUCACUGGCAAAAGAAAUCGUGAGAUCCAGGAGAACCGUGAACCGCCUCUAUGAAAAUAAAGCUCAGUUGAAUUCAAUAUCAAUGCAUCUAGGAGAAAGUGUCGCUGUAGCUCGUACGGUGGGGCAUCUGUCUAAGAGUGCUGAAGUUAUGAAGAUAGUUAAUAACCUAAUGAAGGCUCCAGAAAUGGCUGUCACAAUGCAAGAAUUCAGCAAAGAAAUGACUAAGGCGGGUGUUAUUGAAGAAAUGGUGAAUGAUGCUGUUGACUCUGCACUGGAUUCAGAUGACAUAGAAGAUGAGAUUGACGAAGAGGUUGAUAAGGUUCUAACUGCAAUAGCUGGCGAGACUGCUGCACAGCUUCCUGAAGCAGUCAGGAAAGAGCGGUUAAAGCAACCUGCUCAGUCAACUGAAGAUGUAGAGGAUGAGGGUGUCGAUGAUGAGGAAGAAUUAGAAGAAAUAAGGGCCCGCCUUGCCAAAGUAAGGUCGUGAUCAGGCUUUUGUAUCAUCUGCAUUAACGUAUGAGACGGUAUAUACUAUUUUCGAGAUGUGGCUGCAAGUCUGCAACUAUAUACCCCUUUAUCCAAUAUAUAGCAUCUUUAGGGUAUGAAAAACAUCUGUUUACUGUAAUCAGAAAAUUGUUACUCCCUAUAUAAUGUAAUAUUAUGUGUCCCUCAUGUUAAUUUUUGAAAGACGGAUAUUUAUGGCUGCAAUCACACAUUUAUUAUGUGAUAAAAAAUAUUUGCAGCAUAUGUAAAUCAUCGUGUAAACAGGAAAUUGUCUUGCUACUGAUGUAUUAUUUAUUUAUCUUUCUAUGUUCAUCGCAUCCCUCUGGUGGUGGUUGUGUUUUAAGUAAUGAAACAUGCCAAUUAAUGUGAUGUAUAUUGGGAUGUAAUAUGUGGGUGUAAACUUGUUUUUGAUAAGAGUAUAAAUAUAACAUUUUUCCUUCA